AUUUGAUUGUUACCUUUGAUGUUGGUAUUAUAGAGCAAUAAGUGAAGGUUUCGUUUUACUGUUAGAUAUGUUGGCAGCCUGGAAAAAUUGUUCCAGCAAAAUUCGCUGUUUAACCAAAUUUAAUGGACCUUACGACGAAAAUGAGUGAACUCGUGUGGGGAAUAAAAAAUGGUGAUUUGGAGCAAGUGCGGGAUAUCGUAGAGAACAAGAAUAUUGAUGUUAAUCAAAUGAUUGAUGGAAGGACACCCCUACAUUAUGCAGCUGAUUAUGGUCAAAGUGAGGUAGUCAGAUAUCUUUUGGAAAAGGGUGCCAAUGCAAAUGUUAUAGACAAACAUGGAAUAACAACAUUGUUAGCAGCAAUUUGGGAAGGACAUACAAAUUGUGUAAAAUUACUACUAGAAAAGGGAGCUAAACCGGAUGGAUUAACACCAGAUGGAACCAGUUAUUUGGAUGCAGCUGAAAAAGAUGAGAUCAAACAAUUGCUUAAAUUUCACUAGCACAAAGCCAAACAAAUCAUAAAGCAAUA